AUGUCAUCAUCACUUUUACCAUCACUGGAUGAGCAAAGCAAGUCCUCAACAAGUCUCAGCAAUGGUGAAUUCACCAGCAUGUCAUCGACGGCGGCUUCCUUUUCACGUAUAAUAAUGUCUUCCUCCAUACGUCGGUCAUUAGGAGAAGCCGACCUUUCUUCGGCGUAUGAAUCUCAAAUUUCCAAAAGCUCAAGACUGAGGGACAACAUCCACAUCCAAGAACUGACCAUCAACAAACUCCAAUAUGACGCCGUUGGUUUGGUUGGAAGGGAAACGGAAGUGAAUACGUUACGAUCAUGUCUUGACAAUCUCCUAAUACAAGAAGACCACAAGAACAACAAUCAAAAUAAGAAGCAAGUUGUAUUUCUGAAAGGUUACAGUGGAACAGGCAAGACAAAGCUAGUAAAUACAGCACUUCAAAAGACGACAUCCAUGACCGAAAAUGGAAUGUUUGUGGUUGGAAAAUUUGAUUUUCAAUCCUGCGAUGAGCCUUACUCGGGGAUUGCUGCUGCCUUUAAUGAAAUCUGCCGAAGCAUGAAGAACCAUUCCAUAGAGAAGAAGAAAAGGUCGUCAUCGCUCAAAGAAGAGGCAGGAGGAGACGACUCUAGUGAAAAUGAUGAUGAUGAUGAUGAUGAUGGUGAUGAUGGCAUUGGCCACGCCAUUGCGUCAGGUCUGGGAUCUGAGAUUUCUCUUCUGCUGAGAUUAAUUCCAGACUUGGAUGGUCUACUUCCUGACUCGUAUCAAAAGACAAAGGCGGAACCGGCUGGCUACAAUCUGGAUGCUGGAAAGAUGCAAUUCGAGUAUGUUUUCCGAGUGUUGACGCGAGUGUUGACUUCGUUUGCAUCUCCUAUGGUUUUAGUAUUGGAUGACUUGCAGUGGGCUGACGUUUCAUCGCUGGAAAUCUUGGACUUGCUGAUCUCGGAUACCGAAAAUACAAACAAGCUAAUGAUCGUCGGCUGCUACCGCUCAAAUGAAGUCAAUGAAAACCACAUUCUGUACAGUGUGAUUGAAGAAAUUUCUAAGAAACCGGAGAAACAGCAGUUUCAACUGACACAAAUGGAAAUUGAAAGUUUGAAUGAAGAUCAAAGCAAUAAAGUGAUCAUGGCUAUGCUAUCAAUUGACAAUGAAGAACGCACCAAAGGCUUGUCCGAGAUUUGCUUUAAGAGGACUAAUGGGAACCCGUUCUUUCUCAUCGAGUUCAUCACCAUGCUGGAAGAAGAGGAUCUGAUCUCGUAUAAUCUUGGAACACUUGAAUGGAAAUGGGACAAGACAGUGAUCGAGGAUCGUACAAUGUCUACAGCAAAUGUAGUUGAUCUUCUACAGGCAAGAAUGAGGAAACUGCCUGAUAAUGUGCUAUUGGUGAUGCAAUACGCCGCCUGCCUUGGAUCGUCUUCCGUAACACUUUCCAUUAUAGAUCUCUUAUGGACGGAGCAUGCCGUGAAGAUUCUUGGCAAAGAGAAGGAGGACAUUACAAAGAUAUUUGGUCGUCUUGAAGAGGCAAACUUUCUAGAGUUCUAUGGAAUAGAUGCAUAUCGCUUUGCCCACGAUAAAGUGAAAGAAGCAGCAUUGAGCCUUGGUAAUGUGAGCAGCGGGUCUUUUCAAUCUGAAAUUGGCAGAAUAUUAUUUCUCAAAUUGGAUAAAGCUAUGCUGGAGAAGGUUCUGUUUGACGUCACAGAUCUCAUGAACAAAGGUGAAGUAUAUGACACCGGCGAGCUGGUAGAAUUGAAUAUCUGGGCGGCAGAGAAAGCGAAGCAUAUCUCUGCGUUCAACAGUGCGUUGAAAUACGCCACGAAAGCUAUGGAGCUGCUUCCAGAGAGAAAAUGGAGUACCCACCGAGAUGUUGCAUUACGGUUGUAUACAAUGGCGGCACAGUUGGCAUUUGCUUUGAGACGGACAGAGGAGACAAAUAGGUUCAUAGAACAAGUGCUGUCGCAGUCUAGCAUUACUACUCUUGAAAAGGCCCCGACAUAUAUCACCAAGAUUGCGAAGCUAACGACAUCGGACAUGAAGCCCGAAGACGCAGUGCAGACCUGCCUCGUAGCACUUCACGACUUGGGUCUCUCUCCUGGUAGUAUGUGGACAUUACCAGUUCGAGCUCUGGCUUCGAUUUUUUCGACUAUUAAAAAGACAAAGAAGAUGCCAAAAGAGAAAUUCAGGAAUCUUUCUCCUCUCAGAAAUGCCAAGGAUGAAGCAAUCAUGACGAUUUUGUUCAGACUAAGUUAUUCUGCCUAUAUGGUCAAGAGACAUGUGAUGGUAAUGUGGGCUACGAAUGAGAUGGUGGAGAUCACACUGGCACGUGGCGUGAGUAAAACAUCCUGUUUAGCAUUCAGCACGCUGGGUAUGCUGGCUGGCAUGGCGAUGAAGGACUACGAAGCAGCAACUUACUUUUCCGAGGUGGGCCUCCUUUUGCUGAAAACUGAACCUUCCAAAUACAGUGAAUCAAGCACUCUGGCAAGUGUCUGCCAAUUCGUGCUACCAUACACCUAUCCACUCCAUAGCUGUGCUGAAAGUAUUCUACGAUCAUAUAAGCUUGGUUUGCAAUCAGGUAAUUUCAUUGCCACCUCCUGGGCCUUGCAGCUCCACAGCAUUCUGUAUCCAUACGUGAUGGGGAAAAGAUUAGGAGAUAUUCUAGGACGUAUCAGACAAAAUGUUUCCCAGAUGGAAGAUUUCAAGCAACCGGAACAGGCAUUGCUUACUCGAAUUUUUUGGCAGUUGAUGUUGAAUCUCGCAGGACAAUCAAACAAUCCCAAAAAGCUCAAGGGCACGAUUUUUGAUGCCGAGACAUUUGUCCCAGAACGACCCGCUCAAAGAGGAUUUAUUGAACUAGCGAAACUAGAAUUAUUUGUCUUCUUGGGCGAUUACGAGCAAGCAGCAGAGCUGGCGCUUGAUGCUGGUGGCGUUGCGAAAGGCGCACCGGGGCACUUUCUCGGAAUGAUUGAAAUUUUUCAUCGUGGCGUUGCCCUCUACGCAAUGGCAAGAAAGACAAAGAAGCGAAAAUUCAUCAAGGCUGCAGAUAACAUAAAAAGUACCGUUGACAAGUGGGCAGAACAGAAGAAUCCGAAUACUCAGCACUACAUUAUGCUUUUGAAUGCUGAACAAGCUUCAUUGCAAAAGACAAAGCACACACAAGCAGAUGAUCAGUAUCGCAAGGCCAUUGCAUUGGCCGCCCGUACUGGGCAUAUCCACCAAGCAGCACUUUUCAAUGAAAGGUAUGCCGAUUUUCUCUUUCAUAGGAAGACGAAGACAGAGCAUGAGUACGAAGCAUUUCAAGAUUUGGCGGAACAUCAUGCGAAUGAAGCUAUUCGCUUGUAUCGAAACUGGGGUGCAUUUGCGAAAGUCCAUAUGCUGGAAAAGGAACGAACGUGA